AUGGGCGAAGCCUUCUUCCAUAACCCCUCCGACGAUCAGCUGAGACAGAUUAUCUUCCAGCCAGACAGCGUGAAGGAGAAAGCCUGGAUCGUCUACGUCAACUACAUGAUGCUAGCACUCGUCUCCGCAAACGAGACCGAGGAGAGUAUUCAGGUAAAGCAGUUUCGCCGGAACAUGCAAAUAGCACUCAACGACAGCACCAUCUUCCUCGAACCGACCGAAGCGAACCUGCAGGCCUUGACCUUGCUCGCUUUCCACGGUGAAGACUACGCGUCUCCCAACCUAUCUUGGAUGCUGGUGGGCCACGCCUGCCGCCAGGCCGAGGCUCUGGGACUGCACGCCUUGACUCACGGCGACUAUGACGCGCGCCAGCGCAGGCUCUGUAUGUUCUGGCUUCUCUUCGUUGUGGAUAAGUCGUGUUCGCUGGCGUUUGGGCGGUCUUCGUUCCUUCCAUCCAGCUUGUAUCUUGACGUGCCGCUCCCAGAUUUCAACUACAUGCUCAAGUUCCAGCCACACAAUGCAUCCUCCUUCAGUAACUCCAAAAAUGCGCCACUUAUAUCGACCUUCGGAGCCCAUUUACUCACCAAGGGGAUGCAGUUUGCGAAGCUUAUGGGCUUUGUACUAGAUCUUCUUACUCCGGGCAAGUCACUGAUCCCCAAGGAAAAGGUGGCAAGGAAGCUCGAGGAAUGGUAUCGUCAGACAAUCGAGGCAAGUUAA